AUGUCGGGCGUCAAGAACUACCCCAAUGCCCUGCCUGCCGACCUCAAGGCGCAAUUUGUCGGCCGUCUUUUACAGGAUGUCGACGCCCCGGCAGCCGUUAUCGACGUUGCGGUCGCCCGGAAGAAUUGCGAACUCAUGCUUGAGGCUGCGGAGAAGCUUGGUGUUAUGUUCCGCUCGCACGUCAAAACACACAAGACAACCGAGCUUACUCGGCUCCAAGUUGGCGAGAAGGCUCGCACCGUCCGGCUUGUCGUCUCCACGCUGGCAGAAGCGGAACAGCUGCAGCCUUACCUUCAGGAGUGCAAAGAAAAUGGGAAAGCUGUCGAUGUCAUCUACGGUCUGCCAGUUCAACCAUCAUGCAUGAAGCGGCUGGCUACACUGGGCCGAGCGUUCGGGGAAAUGAGCGUCACGGUACUGGUAGACACAUCCGAUGCUCUUUCCUUUCUCUCUAGCUACCGACAACUGACAGGCUAUACAUUGGGGGUGUUUUUUAAACUGGAUACUGGAUACAACCGGGCAGGUAUCUCGCCAUCGAUCCCGGAGUUUACGGAUUUGCUGCUUAACAUUCGCAAGAUGGAGCAAUAUCACCCCGGCACUAUUUACUUUCGUGGAUUUUAUAGCCAUAUGGGUCACAGCUAUGGCUCGGAUACCACUAGUGAGGCAUUAAGCUAUUUAGAAAUAGAGAUUGAGCGUUGUUUAAUGGCAGCCAUGCAUGCUUCGAAGAUGUGGGAAGAAGACAGAAGACGGUUUAUCAUUGCCGUCGGCGCGACUCCCACUACAACGUCAGCACAAAAUUUAAUCGGCACUGAAUCCGCGUCACCGACCGAGAAAAGAGUCAAGUCCUUGAUUGAGAAGGUCCAAGAAACAUAUGACAUUGAACUUCAUGCCGGUGCAUACGUAACAUUAGAUAUGCAGCAGCUCGCCGCACAUGGACGCCCAGUCACAAACAAUCUUUCCUUUGAUAACUUGGCCUUGACAGUUCUUGCGGAAGUCUCCAGCACUUAUUAUCAUCGGGAGUCGCCAGAAGCGCUGAUCGCAUGUGGUCAACUUUGCAUGGGGCGUGAGCCUUGUAGAAGCUACCCUGGCUGGGGAGUUGUGACUCCGUGGCUGCAUACCACCAACGCUCCAGAACUACAUGAGGAACAACUAGGAUGGUAUGACCCGGAAGGAGAUAAAACGGGAUGGGUUAUCAAUCGCUUAAGCCAGGAGCAUGGUGUUCUACGCUGGGAAGGUCCGCCAAGUAAAAUGCGCAAGCUGCGUGUUGGCCAGAAAAUCAGGAUCUGGCCAAAUCACUGUUGUAUCUGUGCCGCAGGUUUCAGCUACUUCCUUGUUGUAGAUUCAGCCGGGGAGGGGCACGAGAAGGACAGGAUCAUCGAUGUGUGGCUGUCUUGGAGGGGAUGGUAG